CCUCCCUCCUGCAGUGUGUGGAUGUGUUCUCUUCUUCCCACCUGUCACAAAGUGCCCGUGAGCGGCUGAGCUCCUCUGCGCGGGGACAAAGACCUGCUGCGCGGCUGAGCGUCGGUGUGAGGGAGGCGAGUCGGUGGGCAGCGACGGAGGAGGCAGUGAAGCGGCGACACCAGCCUCCAUCAGGAGCUGCCGGACGGGCGCUGUCCGCUCAGCACCGCCGCAGUCACCUUGCUGUGACAGUCCGGAACCUGCUCGGGACCGAUCCGACCAAUCACUGCCCCCCGGGGAGUCCCAUGAGCCGGGUCUGUUCUGCUGGCGGGGGGGGGGGGGGGGGACACACAGUCUUUUAUCUCGACAUCUUGGAUGUACCGACUAUGUGACGUCCAUUCUUAAUGUGAUGCCAUUGGCUGCGAUCGUUUUAGGACCUCGAUUCCACAACCCUCCCCAGAUGCAUGGCAGGUGCGCGUAGAGAGGACCCGGUCUGCAGAUCUCUUUCACACGGUGGUUGGUGAGAAACGAGCGGUCGCUUGGUGCGCCGCCCUCCCUCCGGUUGAGUCACAGUUGUGCGCGGUGGCGCGGUGCGCCGAGACUUUUGCGAUGAAGGGAACUUAUUGGAGAAAUGCCUGAGGGACGCAAUGGGCCUGAGCGACGACAAGGAUCGCAUUGUGAUAAACGUGGGAGGGAUCAGACAUCAGACAUACCGCAGCACCCUGCGCACCCUGCCUGGCACCCGCCUGUCCUGGCUGGCCGAGCCUGACGCACCCAACCACUUUGACUAUGACGCCAAGAUCGAGGAGUUCUUCUUCGACCGCCACCCUGGCGUUUUCGCACACAUCCUCAACUACUACAGGACAGGGAAGCUGCACUGCCCCGCCGACGUGUGCGGGCCCCUCUACGAGGAGGAGCUGGCCUUCUGGGGCAUCGACGAGACAGACGUGGAGCCAUGCUGCUGGAUGACAUAUCGCCAGCACCGGGAGGCGGAGGAGGCCCUUGAUAGUUUCGGCGGGGGGGGUCUGUUGGACCUGGGGAGCGAGGACCCCGAGCCCGAGGUGGAGCACGCCGAGGACGACGUGGACGAAAUGACAAGGAGGCUGGCGCAUGGAGACCAUCAUGAUGCCAGGAGUGGGAGCCUGUGGAGCAGGUGGCAGAAACAUGUCUGGGCCCUGUUUGAGGACCCUUACUCCUCCAAAUAUGCAAGGUGGGUAGCUCUGGCCUCGCUGUUCUUUAUUCUGGUGUCCAUCACCACCUUCUGUCUGGAGACCCACGAGGCCUUCAACCCCAUCAUCAACCGCACCGAGCUCCAGCUGGUGGACAACGUCACAGUGGAGCACACCUACCAGGAGACUGAGACCGCGGCAUACCUCACCUACAUUGAGGGGGUUUGUGUGGUGUGGUUCACGUUCGAAUUUCUGAUGCGAAUAACUUUCUGUCCGAAUAAGUUUGACUUCAUUCGGAACGCCCUGAACAUCAUCGACUUUGUGGCCAUCCUGCCCUUCUACCUGGAGGUGGGUCUCAGCUGGCUCUCCUCCAAGGCGGCAAAGGACGUGCUGGGUUUCCUGAGAGUUGUCCGCUUUGUGCGGAUCCUGCGUAUCUUCAAGCUGACACGUCACUUUGUGGGGCUGAGGGUGCUGGGCCACACGCUGAGAGCCAGCACCAACGAGUUCCUGCUCCUCAUCAUCUUCCUCGCCCUCGGUGUCCUCAUCUUCGCUACCAUGAUCUACUACGCUGAACGGAUAGGAGCCAACCCCAAUGACCCUCGAGCCAGCGAGCACACACACUUCAAGAACAUCCCCAUUGGUUUCUGGUGGGCUGUGGUGACCAUGACGACCCUCGGCUACGGAGACAUGUACCCUCAGACGACCUCCGGCAUGCUGGUCGGCGCCCUGUGCGCCCUGGCAGGUGUGCUGACCAUCGCCAUGCCCGUCCCUGUGAUUGUCAACAACUUUGGAAUGUAUUACUCGCUGGCCAUGGCAAAACAGAAACUACCAAAGAAAAAAAAUAGGCAUAUCCCUCGGGCUCCCCAACCAGGUUCUCCCAACUUCUGUAAGUCAAGCAUCAGCUCCCAACCCCAGAGCCCCAUUGCCCAUGACGACGUUUUCGAGAUAAAGUUUCAAGAAGAUUCCAAGCUGAACGGCGAGGCAGCUAACGCAGCUCUGGCCAACGAAGAUUGUCCUCAUAUUGACCAGGCAAUAUCUCCAGAGGAAAUCUUCAGCCCCAGUGAGAGAGAGCGGCCCUGCUUCCUGGUCACCACUGCUGAACGUCCCAACCACACAGGGGGCAGAGUGAGGAGGGGUUAUGAAAAGCCUUGGAGCCUUAACAGCAUGUCUGGCAUGAGCGGGGAUGCCUCUGGAGUGUCCUCAGUGUCCGCCCUGCCCUGCAGCCCACCCUGUCUAAUGCAGCACUCACAUUCUCCCAUCCCAUCCAUUAUGUAGCAUGGUUGAGUAGCAGACACAAUGCCAUUGGAAGGCCAGUCCAACACUCCUCCUUCUUCUUCUUCUUAUUCUUUCCUGUCAAAUUUUGAUUUACACUUGCCUUUUGCUCCUGCUUUAUUUUUUUGUUUUGUUUCAUUUUUAAUUUGUUUUAUUUUUUUGAAAAACUGUAUCUUAACUGUGCUAAUACUCCCAAGUGUUCUCCUUGGGUGUUUCAUCAUAACCUAGACUAGAAAAAACAUUGGCACAUGCCACUCUGCAUGGGUCACCUCAGUCGCAGACAACGCACCGUUCUACUUCUACCACAGGCUAACCCCACUCUUUCCCUGUGUUUACAUCAUUGCCUGUUGCUCUGUUGCUUUUGAUCUCACAUACUCUUCUGCCAAUAACUUUGAUCUCAUCUGCUUUUUACAAUUUUGUGAAACAACUUUUCAUAAGAUGUAAUCCCUGCUAAUAGCCUGAUAUGCUGGACAUUGAAAACACGUGGUUUUUUUAAACGCAUCCAAAGGGUACCAUUGCCAGCUGUUAAGGGAACUCCUCUAAAGUGCUUUGUAAGUUGCAAAGUAGAGACGUUACCAUUCUGAGAGUGCAAUCCAGACAACUCGUAGUGUUAUCCAAGUGGCCAAUUAAAAGAAAAAAAAAUUCAACAUGAUGCUCAUGAUGUCCAAUGCAAUAUGGAGAUGAUGACAAUUCCUAUGAUACUAGUGAUGGAUUAAUCCAAUGCCAACAGAAACUAAAACUGUUGGUUUAUUUGCAUGAACUGCAUGAGAAAUUAUGUUCAACAAAAAGCUAACUGUAUCGUAGUACCUGUAAGAAAAAAAUAAUUUUUCUUUGAAAAGCUUCUAAACCUUUGUCUUUUGUUUAUGCAUUUUAAGACAGCUUUACAAGAGACUCAGUCACAACAGAGAUUUUAUGUAGCUGCCAUUCUUUGCCUUUCCCUAAAUUCGUAUUUCGUCAAUUCUAUUUAUUUGACUGGGGCAUCCAAGUUAAACAGCGUGAUUUAACUUGAACAAUCUGUCAUAAAGCCAACCAAUGCUGUUAUGAGCAUAACUGGUUUUUAUACAUAUAUAUUUACUGGUAGUCACAAGUUUUUAAAGUGUUGGUAGACUGCAGCAACUUCAAAGACGAUGCUAAAAUUAAGACAAGACUCAUGAAUUAUUACAACGGUGCCUUCUGAACUGGUGAGGCAAAGUAAAAAUGAGUUGACAUAAUAUUACGUAAGUGCUACCGGUGUAGCAUCAACACACUUUAUACCAUGCUCAUAACAGUUUAACCAAAGCUUUAUUUCACAAAGGUGCACCUUGUACUUUUUGCACCACCCUCGAACCCUUAAUCACAGUCAAUAUGACCUCUUGGUUAUUAUUGUUACUCCAUACAAUCCAUAGUAGGACUUAACCUUAGUGUAAAACCUAACUCCAAGCAAAAAACACCUGAAAAUACUCACUUUAUAGUCCCCACCUUCAGAAAAAUUUUGUAUUAUAAAGCACAAAAUAUUAUUAAAAGGGGACCAGGCAACUCAACGGAGCCAAAAUAUACGUCAUGAUGACACCUGCAGUAUGUAUGCCUGUUGAUUUAAAAUAUCAAUACUUUCACUGUUACUUGUAUUGAUACUGUCCCAAUGCUUAUGCACAAAUUUUUCAGGGCACUUUAAAAAAAAAAUCAUGUUGACCAAUCAAAAUAAAAAAAAGAUAAUUUCUAGAAGAAGAGUAGAAGAAGAAGUAUAGCAUCUCAUCUAAGGUUUGCUCUUAUUCUGAAUGAGCAGAGUUUUACUUUUUGAGUCUUGUCUCUUGUGGUAAUUGAUGGACGUUAUUUAUUUUUAAGAAAACUUGUGAAGAUUUGCUGUGAAGAGAUGCAGGUGAAUUAUAUGCUCAUGCAAAUAAAGUGGGGGAAAAAAUAACAACAACACAGUUUGGGAUGUGGGUCUGCUUGGGGAAAGGUAAAUGCAUGUAUUUUACAUUUAUGCAACAGAAAAUUAUUCAAAUAAAAUAUGUGAAUACAAGUCCUUGCAUGAAAUAAAUUUUGUACACAACGA